AUGUCGAAAGUCAUUUACGAAUACGGAUGGAUACAGGCCGCCAAGAGGGCCGAGGUCCCCACUGAGGGGAUCUCCUUUUUAGUACGUAAUAUCGUUAUUGCCCAAACUGGAAACGAGGACAAAGUACAGAGUAAGGCAGACGAGCUUAGCCAUCUAAGAUUCGUAUCAGAAUCGGUCCGAAACCCACUAUUACAUGCACAAGUGUUUUAUUUACAGUUACCUGCUUCUCUAGUGCGGAUCCUAGUCUAUUUUUGUUCACUAGGGAAAGCUCUAUAUGUCAGCAUGAUAGACUCAAGAGACUCCUCCAACGAUUUUGGUUUUGCAUUCUAUCAUUACGACCCAAGCAUAGGCGCCGCUAUUAUUUUCAUCCUUCUUUUCAUCGGCACAACCGGUUAUCAUAUUGUACAAAUGUUCACGACUUCCACAUGGUUUUUCAUUCCCUUCGUUAUAGGGGGCAUAUUUGAAAUUAUCGGUUAUAUUGGACGGGCCAUGUCCAGUAAUCAAUCUCCCAAUUGGACACUCGGGCCGUAUCUCAUCCAGACACUCUUUCUUUUGCUCGCGCCCGCUCUCCUAGCAGCCUCCAUAUACAUGUUUCUUGGCCGCAUUAUCCUCGUAUUACAAGCGGAAAAUCUUGCCUUGCUGAAAAAAAAGUGGUUGACAAAGCUUUUUGUGACGGGCGACGUACUUUCGUUCAUGUUGCAAGGAGCCGGUGGCGGCAUUCAAAGCAGUGGAACCUUAGCAAGUAUGAAGAACGGCGAGCACCUUAUUGUGGUUGGGCUCGUAGUUCAAAUUCUCUUUUUUGCCUUUUUCCUCGUUACCGCGACGCAUUUCUACUGGAAAAUCAAGAAAUAUCCAAUGCCACGCUCUUGCUCUCCAGAUAUCCCUUGGCGCAAACACCUGAAUAUACUUUAUCUGACAAGUUUCCUUAUCAUGGUCCGUUCCUUGUUCCGACUGAUCGAAUACAUCCAAGGGAACAACGGGUUCCUCUUGCACCAUGAGAUGUAUUUAUAUGUCUUCGAUGCAUUAUUAAUGUUCUUGGCCAUGGUCAUCUUUAAUAUUGUUCAUCCACAGGAGAUUGGCCGUCUUCUGCGUUCCGCUGCGAAUCAUGAAAUGUCUCGUCUACAUGACGAGGAACAACCGAAGCCCUAUGAACGAUAUCCUUGAGGAAGCUGCUGCAUUCUUCUCUUGGUUUUCGCUCUCACUGCAGAUCUUGACCCUCUGGAUAUCACCGGUUCAUAAAUGCCUCAACAUUUUGUUGCACCUUCGUUGUUUCAUU